AGAUCAGCUGAGAGAGAAAGUGCACACAAACACCAACAGCUCAAAACAAGACUCCUUUUCCCUUUCUCUCAAGAACGGACUUCACUGGAAUUAAAAGGCAGCAGGACUUCUCCACCCUUUCAGUCAGGAGCUGUCAUUUUGCGCGCCCUGUUUUGGUCGCGCGUCAAACCUCCAUUGGACUCGGCGCUGGAUCUCCCACAGAGCCGCUGCCGCCGCUUCAGCUGCUGCUGCUGCUGCUGCUCCAUCAUCACCAAACGCCCAACACCAGCGCAGCAGAGGAAGAGGCGGAGGAGCAGCAGGAGGAGGGAGGAGGAGGCUCAAUGAUCACCCGUGCCAUGUGCACCGCGACAUAUAUGUGUGAAUUCAUGCGGUGACAGACAGCAGCAGGGAGGAAUGGAGCAGUGGUCAUCAUCGCAUUCCUGAAGACGCACCACCGUGACGGCGAUAACGCGGAGAAGACCUUCAGAUCUGUCCACGCAGCAGCAGCCAAUCCGAGAGAGACAUUGCAUUUUUUUAUUAUUUUUUUAAUUAACCGAGAGGGGGAAAAAAAUCAGUUGGAACCAGUGGUCAAUUAAGUGUCGCCUCCAUGUCAGCCACAACGAUGGGGGAGCAGCCCAUCUACAGCACGAGGGCCCACGUCUUCCAGAUCGACCCCAACACCAAGAAGAACUGGCUGCCCACCAGCAAGCACGCCGUCACCGUCUCCUACUUCUACGACAGCACGCGCAACGUCUACCGCAUCAUCAGCCUGGAUGGCACCAAGGCAAUAAUCAACAGCACCAUCAGCCCCAACAUGACGUUCACCAAGACCUCACAGAAGUUUGGCCAGUGGGCGGACAGUCGAGCCAACACUGUCUACGGCCUGGGAUUCUCCACUGAGCAUCACCUGUCCAAGUUUGCAGAGAAGUUUGCAGAGUACAAAGAAGCAGCACGGCUCGCUAAAGAGAAGAGUCAAGAAAAGAUGGAGAUGGCUACGUCUCCCUCUCAGGAGUCUCCAGCAGGUGAGCUCUCGUCACCUUUGACCCCAGUGACUCCGCCCAUGGAAAACAUCAACGGCACGGAUGAAAUGUGCGACUCGACUCCCAACUCAGACACUCGCCCGGAGCCGGCGCAGAACGCGCUUGCCUUCUCGCACAGCCCCGCCAUGACAAAACACUGGGAGGCAGAACUGGAGGCACUAAAGGGGAACAACGCCAAACUAACAGCAGCUCUGCUGGAGUCCACAGCCAACGUCAAACAGUGGAAACAACAACUGGCUGCGUACCAGGAGGAGGCUGAGAGACUACACAAACGGGUGACAGAGCUCGAGUGUCAGAGCAACCAGACCCCAGUGAUCAAAUCCCAGAAGACUGAACUCAACCAAACCAUAGAGGAACUGGAGAAUACGCUAAGGGAUAAAGAAGAGGAAAUGGAAAAGAUGAAGGAAGAACUGGAAAACAUGAACGACCUGAUGGAGCAAAAAGACACUCUGACUCAGAAACUUGAGGAGACGGAGCUGCGCAGCCGGGUGCUGGAGGAGCAGCUGUCAGGUGCCGAGCAGCGGCUUGAGGAGAACCAGGAGGAGCAGGAGAAUUUCAGGAAGAGUCUGCGGACGCUGCUGGAGCUGCUGGACGGCAAGAUCUUUGAGCUGACGGAGCUCAGAGACACCUUAGCCCGGCUCAUCGAGGAGGCCAGCUAGAGACGGAGCAGCCUCACCUGCACAGACAGAGCCAUAAGAUAAUUUAUACCCUCACGCCCCCCAAACUCCAGUCACAUCAAGAUCUUACCACACCACGCCCCACUCUCCUCCUCCUUCACCUGAAUCCCUCUGAAAACUGAGACACUGCACUGCCCCGGUUCUAAAUUUGCUCAAAAAAAAAAGGGCAGCUAAAUCCUGGUUUUUACCUUUGCAGGCAUCUGAGCUCCAACCAACCGCAAGCACUCCUGUUACUUCAAAGACGUGGCAGGGACUACCUCAUCUUGCCUUCUGAUUGGCUGGUGUAGGCGUUAACCUUGGUUGAAUUGAACCAGUCAUCCAGAUGCCUGCUGUGCCCGCACACCCACAACACACACACACACUGAAAGACCUGAACACACACUCGCACCAAGACUUAACUUGAGAACUGUGCCUCAGUGCCAUCUGCUGUUUGACUGGGAGAACUGCACCACAGAUUGCAGUAUCAUCUGCACACACACACACACAAAAAAACCCACUCCCCCUAAACCACCACCACCAGGGGAAUGUUGAAAGUCAUGUGGAAAUAAUCGUCGGUAAGACUCUGACAGAACUGUGCCAAAGCUGCCAAAUCCCCCCCCCACCACUGAAAUAUCGCCCCUCUAUUUAGCAGAUGCUUGGAUCCAAAGUGACUUACUGUACAGAGAAGUGUUGAACUGAGACUCUUGCGUUUGAGCGUCGGUGGAGAACAGAGAACUUAAAGGACGACUCUGUUUGACGGCCCAGACACUCGAGGCUUUCCCCGGGGGGGUUAAAUAGUCGCUGCAGCUCCACAGCUUAUUUAAAGAAAACACCGAGCGUCCAAUCUUCCAGAGACGUUUGUUCAUGCCACACAGAAAUGUUUAAAGGGAACACGUGUGUGCGUGUGUGUCUGUGUGUGUGUGCGUGCGCGCGCGCGUGUGUUCUCUCCCGUUAGGUCUGACAUGAGAAUUCCUGUAUCCAGACUGCUUCCACCGUCUCAGAACAAGUGACCUGUCUUCCUGCCAAGCUCAGUGUGGCGUGUGUGUGUUUCUGAACAAGGCCUGACCUUUGACUUGACGUGUGCCUUGAGAACGCACAUCAGUGGACCCGUGAUUGUAUAUAUAAUAUGCCUGUGUGUGUGUGUGUGCGAGUGCGACAGUGUGUUUGUGUGUGUGAGUUUUGUGCUGUGAGAAAGAGAAAGACCCCAGUUUUGGACACUAAGGCCGACAUGCACACACUGAGCAAUACCAGACAGGCUCUGUACGACACCUCUAUCUAACUCUAUCAGGGACUCCACUCAGUGCUGGACUCAUGCAGAUAGGUCAAAUGCAGCUCAGUCGAUUCCUCCCCAC